AUGUCCUCGACUCCUCCCUCGGGCAAGCGCCCUUAUGCGGGUUCCCCAAGCAGCGGAACAACGUCGUCGAUGGCCCCGCCCGAUAAGAAGAGGCAGCACCUGCUCUCUGAAGAUGAGGAGCACAAUGAACAAGAGGAGCAGUCUCCAACUCUUUACACGACGGCCGGUACCAUUUGGAAGCCGGAGUCGGAGCAAUCCUUUCAAGCUCCCAUUCGCCGAGGUAGAGCGCAGCGGUGGUCUCCCCAUCAAGAGCACGGAAACCGUGUCUCUCUUCUAACAAGGCAGCUGGAGAUGGUGGGUAUUGGCUCCCCCACUCGUGGAGGCAGGCCAUAUCUCGUCUCUCCCACGAGUCAGUAUUCACCUCUCCGGCAAAACAACGACCGUGCCAAAACCCCUAUGCAUCAUCCCGCCUUUGGUGUCGAUGGCAGUCCGGGUCCGGUCUCCGAUUCGCCGCCAUCUCCCCAGGAGAUUAUGCGCCGUUCUGUCGAAAUUGCGAACUCGGCCAUGUCUCCGUCGGUAUCGGAGUCUGAUAUAAUCUCCCGUGGUAUCCCGAUCCCGAGGAACAACGACAACGGUUACGAUUCGGUUGACGAGGCUCUUCGAAAGCUUCCAGUUAAGUCAUUGGCUAACCUGGCCUCGUACCCGAAUCCCAAUCAGUUGAAAGCCCAAAAUGCCUUGUCGCAUGCUCGCAUCAGACUCGCCAUGGAAGGAGCCAAUGAGCCCAAUAAUCCAUCCAGCAAUGCGUCAUCCCGCAGCAACGACAUGGCAGUCUUCCCCAAUAUGAGUCAAGGAUCUGGUGGUUCGAAAAUUUCUGAGACAGAUAUUCGAGCUCUCGAAGACUACGCUGCUCGACUCGCGCAAGCAAAGAUGAGCAAGCAGCACUAUAAGCCUCUCCUGGGGGGUUAUUCUUCCUCGACUCUGGCCACUGGCCCAGGAGCCCCCGCGCCGUUGCGGGCCGGACCCCCGGGUCAGCGCCAGUACUUUGUCCCAAAGGCGGGCUCUUCAACGGGUGGUAGCAUGCCCUCGCUCCCUCAUUCUCCUCAGAAAAUGCACCUUAACCCCGGUGUUCGUAAUCCUUUCCACGGCGCAAUUGGAGCCGGCCAAGACUUAUUUCAAGGCCCUCGCCAUGCCCCAACUCUCAACCCAGUCUCUGGUCAGCAUGGCGGUUUCGGUCCUCCCAUGACGAACGCAAGUGCCUCCGGAGCUGCUCCGUCUGAACCAGGCUUUGAGAGACAUGCCUAUAACCAUGGACACGCCAAUUCGCCUACCAACAAGGCUGGACAGCCCCAGCAGUCGCCUUCUUACAAUCUGCGCCCUUACCCUUACAGUACAAACAUUCAGCAGGGUCACCCCAUGGGUAACGUGAAUUCACAAGGCCCUGACGCCGGCGCUGGAUAUGGCCUCUAUGGCGCAACCAAUACCUUGCCGAUGGGCAGUACUCAGCAGGCGUUGGCCAUCGGUCACCCCUCCGGUUCCAGCCGCGGCCCCAACGCUUACAAUGGCACGCCCGGAUCGAAUAUGGGUGUCUCUGCUCUUGGAAUUCCGGCUCAUCAGGGAGGCGUUCGCCAGAGGUUGAACCUCAACUUGCCCGAAGAUGAGGCUUGGUCUAUCGAGGCCCAGCUUCUUAAGCCCUACGGUUGGGACCCUUCGGAACUCAACACUCGCUACCCCGCUGGCGCAGUCAAGAUGUCGGACGAUCAACUCCACGAACGCCAAAAGAAGGUCGAUGAUUGGUUCUACAGCGGAACUGCUCGACUGGGUAUGACAUUGGACGAAUUCCAGGAGCAACAGCAGCAAAAGCAGCGAAAGCCAGGACGAAAUCCCUUCGGAGCCGUGGCUGACAGACGAUCGAUGCCCAAGGGAAAGGCGGCCUCACAGUUGAAAAAGUCAUAUAAGCAUAUGUCCAUUGAUGAGGCCAACAAGAUGUCGACCGCUGAGCAUGCGGAGCCUCUCCUGAACGCGGCCCUCCAGUCUCUCGACUACCAGCGACAGGUGGCGGAGGCGCGAAAGGAAGAUGCCGAUGUUAAGGCCGAAAAGGAGGCUGCACACGCAGACGAUGAGGAGAAGGUGGACGAGAAGUCGGGUAGUGCCGCGCUUCUUCCUGGGUCCAUCCCUUCCAUGUAUUAG